AUGGCAAAUGAUAGCACCCCAGUCCAAGCAGGAGCUGGGAAUGUUCCUUUGGGCCAUGUAAUUGGCCAUGAGAAAUGGAAGGGUUCCCAAAUUGCUCAGGAGAUGCAAGGUAAAGUUAAGCUUAUACUGGAAGAUGGUCUGGGACUUGUGGACUUUCAUCUUUCGAACAGAUGCUGCAUCCUCUACCUAUCUGAAGCAGAUCUGGUGGCAGGAAAUGCCUUCAAAAGAAGACUUGUUCGUUUUAGAAAUGCUUGCAAUCUUCAAGGGAUUGUAUUAGUUGAAAAAACCCAAAUAAGCAACCAGUAUUUUCCAGAUGUGCAGAAAUUUGUCGUUCUGGAACUCGGAAUGACAUUACUUCCGGUGGCCAGCCAAAAAGAAGCAGCUCAACUUAUUGCUCAAUUGCCUUUCCUGGCAGAGAAAUGGAAACCGAAAGUGAUUCUGGUGGUGGAAAAUGAAAACAGAAAUAAGAACGAGGUGGCCACAAAUGCCAAGAACUGUAAAAUCUGGGGGCGAGGUCUUUGUUUUAUUCAGGGGGAAAGUGAGGAGGACUGA